GGACAAGGCCCGUCGCAGGGUGCCGGGCCCGGAGGGUAUAGCAGCGGUGGCGGUGCUGGUGGUGGGGCAGGUGGGGGUGGCUCUGGUAACUGGAUGCGGCCGAUGCGGGAUGAACCGCCGCCGCCGCCGCAGCAGCAGCAGCAGCCAGCGCAUCUUCCGCAGCACCAUCAACCGCCACCGCCGCCGGCAGGGCAGCCGUACUACCGGAACCAGGGGGCGCAGCAGCAUCCGGCGCCGUACGGCGCUCCGCCGCCGCAGCAUCAUCACGAUCAGGUGUCGUACGGCGCGCCUCCGCCAGCGUACGGCGCUCCCCAGCCGUACGGCGCACCUCCGCCGAGCGCGGGUUACCGCCAACCGCCACCAACCGGCUACGGUCCACCUCCACCUCACCAUCCUCAACACCAGCAACCACCGCCUCAACCGAAUCCCUACGGAUCGACGGGUUACGGACAACUGCCUCCCCACCCCUCAACCUACGGCCUUCCACCUCCGCACCAACAGCAGCAGCAGCAGCAACACUACCCGCCAAGCGGCCCCCCUCCACCCCACCACUACCAGCACAGCCAGCAAGCGCCGCCGCCGCCGCAGUCGCACUACCAGCCGUACGACACACCCUCGCAGCCGUACAGCGGCGGUACGGGGUACGGCGCUCCGCUAUCCGUACCAGCUGCAACAGCGGGUGGGCCGCCGCUAGCAGGCGGACCGGCUGGCUACUACCAGCAACAAGGAGGGCCGCAGCAGCAACAGCAACAAUACCCGCCGCAGCAGCAGCAGCAGCAGCAUUAUGGUGGGCCCCCGCCACCAUCGGCAUACGGGAAUGGGGGACAGCAGCAGCAGCAGCCGAAUGGGCAGCAGCAGUGGUGGCGGUAAUUUGUGGAGGACAGUUGGAUGCUGACGGUUUACGACUUCAUGACGUGUUGUUUCGUGUGGGUAGCUUGCCUGGGUGUCGUGCCCCGUUGAUGGGAACCAUGUGAUGGGAAGCAUGUGAGGGGGGUGCCAUGACUGCCUGCCGUCCUUGAAGGAACCGCGGUUUGCAAAACAGCUGGUGUAUUGAGCGCUGCGAAUUGAUGACUGUUGCUGCACAAUAAGCAGCUUGCUUGUCGUGGUUCAGGGACAGAUACGGUAUUAUGAGUUACGGCUCUUUUAAGUUACUGAACGAAGUCUGUGUUUGAUGAGCCUGUAAGGAGGUCAAAGGGCUGUGAGCCCAGCUUCCCUCUAAUAUACUGCCCUCAUUGCUUGGUCUACAGAAUGCCACCGACUGCAUCAAAUGGCAAGCCAAGACCGCUGGUCUGGGCUGCAAAAUGCAAAUACACCGGCUGCGAUAGCUGUGCCCGGUUACAGUCAACAAGACAUCCGGGAGACCAAAGUCCCCGUAUCGUCACUUAUGCUACCCUGCUACGGUACCCCUACCUCGUCGAUUAGCCGCCCUCACCGUCUAAGAUUUACUACUCCUAUCCUGAU